CUACUCAAAGAUGUGCUCCAGACAGACCUCCGGAGGCUGCCAUGAAACGUCCUCCCAGUCCAGCGGGUGCCACAGCGGGGGCUCCUGCUGCCACGGGGGCAGCUCCUCCGGCUACCAGGCACAGGGCUCCUCCUCCUGGGGGAGCUCAGGCUCGGGCAGCUACGGCGGGGGCAGCGGGGGCUCCGGCAAGAUCAUUGUCAGCUCUGGUAGUGGAGGAGGUGGAUCCUGCUGCAGUGGGGGCUCCUCAGGUUACGGCAUGGGAGGAGGAUACGGCGGUGGCAGUGGGGGAUCAGGCCAGAAGAUCAUUAUUAGCUCCGGCGGUGGAGGAGGCGGCUCAUCUGGCUGCUGUGGUGGGGGAUCUGGUGGUGGGUCUUCAGGAGGCAAGAUCAUCAUUGGAGGUGGAAGCAGUGGGGGAUCCUCUGGAUGCUGCAGUGGAGGAUCCAGCUAUGGAAUGGGAGGAGGAUACAGUGGUGGGUCUUCAGGAUCGAAGAGCAUAAUUGGAGGUGGAAGCAGUGGAGGUUCCUAUGGAUGCUGCAGUGGAGGAUCCAGCUAUGGCAUGGGAGGGGGAUCCAGUGGUGGGUCUUCAGGAUCGAAGGGUAUGAUUGGAGGUGGAAGCAGUGGAGGUUCCUCAGGCUAUGGCAUGGGAGGGGGAUCCAGUGGUGGGUCUUCAGGAGGCAAGAUCAUCAUCGGAGGUGGAAGCAGUGGAGGUUCCUCUGGAUGCUGCAGUGGAGGAUCCAGCUAUGGAAUGGGAGGUGGAUCUAGUGGUGGGUCUUCAGGAUCAAAGGGUAUGAUUGGAAGUGGAAGCAGUGGAGGUUCCUCAGGCUAUGGCAUGGGAGGGGGAUCCAGUGGUGGAUCUUCAGGAACAAAGAUCAUAAUUGGAGGUGGAGGUAGUGGAAGUUCCUCUGGAUGCUGUAGUGGAGGAUCCAGCUAUGGCAUGGGAGGGGGAUCCAGUGGUGGGUCUUCAGGAUCAAAAGGUAUGAUUGGAGAUGGAAGCAGUGGAGGUUCCUCAGGCUAUGGCAUGGGAGGGGGAUCCAGUGGUGGAUCUUCAGGAACAAAGAUCAUAAUUGGAGGUGGAGGUAGUGGAAGUUCCUCUGGAUGCUGUAGUGGAGGUUCCUCAGGCUAUGGCAUGGGAGGGGGAUCCAGUGGUGGGUCUUCAGGAUCAAAGAGCAUAAUUGGAGGUGGAAGCAGUGGAGGUUCCUCUGGAUCCUGCAGUGGAGGAUCCAGCUAUGGAAUGGGAGGUGGAUCUAGUGGUGGGUCUUCAGGAUCAAAGGGUAUGAUUGGAGGUGGAAGCAGUGGAGGUUCCUAUGGAUCCUGCAGUGGAGGAUCCAGCUAUGGCAUGGGAGGAGGAUCCAGUGGUGGGUCUUCGGGAUCAAAGAGCAUAAUUGGAGGUGGAAGCAGUGGAGGUUCCUCUGGAUGCUGCAGUGGGGGCUCCUCAGGCUACGGCAUGGGAGGAGGAUACGGUGGUGGCAGUGGGGGAUCAGGCCAGAAGAUCAUUAUUAGCUCCGGCGGUGGAGGAGGCGGCUCGUCUGGCUGCUGUAGUGGGGGAUCCAGUGGUGGGUCUUCAGGGGGCAAGAUCAUCAUUGGAGGUGGAGGUAGUGGGGGAUCCUCUGGAUCCUGCAGUGGAGGAUCUUCAAGCUAUGGCAUGGGAGGAGGAUACAGUGGUGGAUCUUCAGGAUCGAAGAGCAUAAUUGGAGGUGGAAGCAGUGGAGGUUCCUCUGGAUGCUGCAGUGGAGGAUCCAGCUAUGGCAUGGGAGGGGGAUCCAGUGGUGGGUCUUCAGGAGGCAAGAUCAUCAUCGGAGGUGGAAGCAGUGGAGGCUCCUCUGGAUGCUGCAGUGGAGGAUCCUCAGGUUACGGCACGGGAGGAGGAUACGGCGGUGGCAGUGGGGGAUCAGGCCAGAAGAUCAUUAUUAGCUCCGGCGGUGGAGGAGGUGGCUCAUCUGGCUGCUGUAGUGGGGGAUCCAGUGGUGGGUCUUCAGGAGGCAAGAUCAUCAUUGGAGGUGGAAGCAGUGGGGGUUCCUCUGGAUGCUGCAGUGGAGGAUCCAGCUAUGGCAUGGGAGGGGGAUCCAGUGGUGGGUCUUCAGGAGGCAAGAUCAUCAUCGGAGGUGGAAGCAGUGGAGGUUCCUCUGGAUGCUGCAGUGGAGGAUCCAGCUAUGGAAUGGGAGGUGGAUCUAGUGGUGGGUCUUCAGGAUCAAAGGGUAUGAUUGGAAGUGGAAGCAGUGGAGGUUCCUCAGGCUAUGGCAUGGGAGGGGGAUCCAGUGGUGGAUCUUCAGGAACAAAGAUCAUAAUUGGAGGUGGAGGUAGUGGAAGUUCCUCUGGAUGCUGUAGUGGAGGAUCCAGCUAUGGCAUGGGAGGGGGAUCCAGUGGUGGGUCUUCAGGAUCAAAAGGUAUGAUUGGAGAUGGAAGCAGUGGAGGUUCCUCAGGCUAUGGCAUGGGAGGGGGAUCCAGUGGUGGAUCUUCAGGAACAAAGAUCAUAAUUGGAGGUGGAGGUAGUGGAAGUUCCUCUGGAUGCUGUAGUGGAGGUUCCUCAGGCUAUGGCAUGGGAGGGGGAUCCAGUGGUGGGUCUUCAGGAUCAAAGAGCAUAAUUGGAGGUGGAAGCAGUGGAGGUUCCUCUGGAUCCUGCAGUGGAGGAUCCAGCUAUGGAAUGGGAGGUGGAUCUAGUGGUGGGUCUUCAGGAUCAAAGGGUAUGAUUGGAGGUGGAAGCAGUGGAGGUUCCUAUGGAUCCUGCAGUGGAGGAUCCAGCUAUGGCAUGGGAGGAGGAUCCAGUGGUGGGUCUUCGGGAUCAAAGAGCAUAAUUGGAGGUGGAAGCAGUGGAGGUUCCUCUGGAUGCUGCAGUGGGGGCUCCUCAGGCUACGGCAUGGGAGGAGGAUACGGUGGUGGCAGUGGGGGAUCAGGCCAGAAGAUCAUUAUUAGCUCCGGCGGUGGAGGAGGCGGCUCGUCUGGCUGCUGUAGUGGGGGAUCCAGUGGUGGGUCUUCAGGAGGCAAGAUCAUCAUUGGAGGUGGAGGUAGUGGGGGAUCCUCUGGAUCCUGCAGUGGAGGAUCUUCAAGCUAUGGCAUGGGAGGAGGAUACAGUGGUGGAUCUUCAGGAUCGAAGAGCAUAAUUGGAGGUGGAGGUAGUGGAGGCUCCUCCGGAUGUUGUAGUGGAGGAUCCAGCUAUGGCAUGGGAGGGGGAUCCAGUGGUGGGUCUUCAGGAGGCAAGAUCAUCAUCGGAGGUGGAAGCAGUGGAGGCUCCUCUGGAUGCUGCAGUGGAGGAUCCUCAGGUUACGGCAUGGGAGGAGGAUACAGCAGUGGCAGUGGGGAAUCAGGCCAGAAGAUCAUUAUUAGCUCCGGCGGUGGAGGAGGUGGCUCAUCUGGCUGCUGCAGUGGGGGAUCCAGUGGUGGGUCUUCAGGAGGCAAGAUCAUCAUUGGAGGUGGAAGCAGUGGGGGUUCCUCUGGAUGCUGCAGUGGAGGAUCCAGUGGUGGCAGUGGCGGUUCCUCAGGCCACACAGUCAUCAUCAGCUCUGGAGGGGGCAGUGGAGGAUCCUACCAGUCCACGCAGCAGAAAUGCCCCAUUGUCAUUCCCAACAUUGAGUCCCAUCAGACCAAGCAGACCUGCCACUGGCCCCCCAACCACCAGAAGUAACAGCCACAGGCAGCCCUGGUUCUCAGCAAGAGCAGCCCUGCCUCUGCCGUGUCACCUUUUUCCCUCCAGACCUGCCUCUCUUUGCCUGUUUCUUCCCAGCAUGCCCUCUUGUUUGCCUUGAUACUGCAUCUCUGCUCUGAGAACUCCAAGAUUAACAGCCUUGUGCCCUUCUAUUGGUAUUAGGAUGGCUCUGAUAAGGGUCUGCUUCUUUUCCAAAGAGCACUUUGUAUAUCUAAUAAAUGGAAUAUCUCAAA